UAUUAAUGGCCCUAUCUUAGUGAUUAUGAUAUGUACAGUACUGUAUGGACUCUGUCCUUGUAGUCGCUCAGUGAGUCUGGCGGUGUUGCCGCCUCAGGCAGCCAAUCCUGGGAAGGCACAGCCACAGAUUUCCGAAUGCGGAGGAGUCAACCCUAGACGUUCGCAUCCUGAUCCGGUGGUUCGGUGUCUCAAUCAUUACCCAAUUGAUCUAUGAAUGAAUGUAACGUCGACUGACUUUUCGGUACCCAAGGUCACAGCUAGGAACCAGGGGAAACAAUCAUGGUAAAAUUAUCGCCGUCAAUGACGAUCAAAAUGGUGUUGUCAAUAGUCACUUUUAGAGAUUGGGGCUGCAUUCCGGGAUCGACACACAUCCCCU